AUGACAGCUGUCAAAAGUGCCUCUGAGCGGUAUCAGAAGAUAUCCCAGCUGGAACACAUUUUAAAAAGACCCGAUACGUACGUAGGGUCGGUCGAAAUUCAGGAGCAGACGCAAUGGAUUCACAGUGAAGAGACUGAUUGCAUGGAGGAAAAGGAAGUGAAGAUCGUUCCUGGGCUGUUCAAAAUCUUUGACGAGAUUCUAGUGAACGCUGCUGACAACAAGGUUCGCGACCCAUCGAUGAAGAAAAUUGAAGUAACGAUCAACAAAGAAGAAAAUAUUAUCGAGGUGAAAAACGAUGGGAGAGGCAUUCCAAUCGAGAUCCAUGAAAAGGAGCAGAUUUACAUCCCGGAGAUGAUUUUCGGUCAUUUGCUGACGUCUUCGAACUACGACGACGAUGAAAAGAAAGUCACCGGAGGUAGAAAUGGGUACGGUGCCAAGCUUUGCAACAUUUUCUCGUCUGAAUUUGUUGUAGAGACGGCGGAUCCUGUGAAGGGCGAAAAAUACGUUCAAAAAUGGGAGAAUAACAUGAGUGUUUGUCACAAACCCAAGAUUACGUCUUACAAGAAAGGUCCUUCCUACACCAAGGUAUCAUUUCGGCCUGACCUCUCACGAUUUGGUAUGGAGAGUCUUGAUAGUGAUAUCGUCGGUGUUAUGCGGAGAAGAGCGUAUGAUAUCAAUGGUUCUGUUAGAGAUAUUAGCGUUCAUUUGAAUGGGAAAAGUCUUAAAAUUCGCAAUUUCAAGAACUACGUAGAAUUGUACCUGAAAUCCCUAGAGAAGAAAAAAUCGGAAGAACAAGGUACUGAGGCUUUUAAAACACCCACGAUUCUUCAUGAAAGGCUCAACGACAGGUGGGAAAUUGCAUUUGCAGUGUCAGAUGUGUCAUUUCAGCAAAUUUCUUUCGUCAACUCAAUAGCCACAACGUCAGGCGGUACUCAUGUUAACUACUUGUCAGAUCAAAUUGUGAAGAAGAUCACAGAGUAUUUGAAAAAGAGGAAGAAGGGCAAAACUAUCAAAGCGUUCCAAAUCAAAAAUCAUAUGUUUGUUUUCUUGAACUGCCAAAUUGAAAAUCCAGCUUUCACCUCUCAAACUAAAGAGCAACUUACCACCCGAGUGAAAGAUUUUGGCUCUAAAUGUGACAUAAAGGAUGAGUUUAUCAACAAGAUCAUGAAGACUGAAUUAGCAGAAAAGAUCUUUGAAAUCGCUGAUAAAAAUGAAGAUAAAGCUUUGCAAAAAUCUGAUGGUACCCGAAAAAAUAGAAUCACCGACUAUCCUACUUUAGAAGAUGCGAAUCUUGCUGGUACGAAACACGGACAAAAUUGCACGUUAGUAUUGACGGAAGGUCUUUCUGCCCAGUCUCUAGCAGUUGCAGGUCUCGGCGUUGUGGGUCGUGAUUUGUAUGGCUGUUAUCCUCUACGUGGUAAAAUGCUGAACGUGAGAGAAGCAAGCGCCGAUCAAAUCCUAAAAAAUGCUGAAAUUCAAGCCGUCAAAAAAAUAGUAGGGCUGCAGCAUAGAAAGAAGUAUGAAGAUACCAAAAGUUUGCGUUACGGUCACAUCAUGAUUAUGACCGAUCAAGAUCAUGAUGGCUCCCAUAUUAAAGGGUUGAUAAUAAACUUUUUGGAAAGCUCCUUUCCGGGUUUGUUAGAUAUCCCUGGCUUUUUGAUUGAGUUUAUUACACCAAUUGUAAAAGUAACGAUAACAAGACCCAAGCGGGAAGUGAAAUCUUUCUACACUAUGCCUGACUACGAAAAAUGGAGGGAGAGCGAAAGCCACAAAGUAAGCUGGAAGCAAAAGUACUACAAAGGUUUAGGUACUUCCUCUUUACAAGAGGCUAGAGAAUAUUUUUCGGACUUAGACACUCAUUUGAAAAAGUUCCAUGCUCUCGCAGGCGAUGAUUGUCAACUCAUUGACUUGGCUUUUUCAAAGAAAAAAGCUGACGAUCGUAAGGAAUGGCUCAGGCAGUAUGAACCUGGUAAUACGCUAGACCCCAAUUUGAGUGAAAUUCCAAUUUGCGACUUCAUUAAUAAAGAGCUGAUCCUCUUCUCCUUAGCCGACAAUGUAAGGUCUAUCCCUUCAGUCCUAGACGGUUUCAAACCGGGACAACGUAAAGUCCUCUUUAGUUGCUUCAAAAGAAAAUUACGUUCUGAGAUCAAGGUCGCUCAACUAAUUGGUUAUGUGUCAGAGCAUACCAGUUACCAUCACGGAGAAAUGUCACUGGCUCAAACUAUUGUUGGUAUGGCUCAAGAUUAUGUGGGGUCAAACAACAUCUACUUGUUGAAACCUAAUGGUGCUUUCGGUACCAGAGCAGCUGGUGGUAAAGACUCUGCUGCACCACGUUAUAUUUUUACAGAGCUUAACAACAUCACGCCGGUAUUAUUUAACCCCCUCGACAAUCCUUUACUAAAUUAUCUCCAAGAAGACGAUCAGACCAUCGAACCUACAUGGUAUCUGCCAAUAAUCCCUAUGUUACUAGUUAAUGGUGCUGAAGGGAUAGGUACUGGAUGGAGCACAAAUAUUCCACCUUUCAAUCCGUUAGACAUCGUCAAAAACUUGAAAAAGUUGAUGAAUGGUGAGGAAAUGGAAAGUAUGGCACCAUUUUACAGAGGUUGGAAGGGCAGUUUGGAGAAAAUUGAGGCACAACGUUACAGAAUGUACGGAAGAAUUGAGCAGGUUGGUCCUAACAAACUUGAGAUCACUGAACUUCCAGCGAAGACAUGGAUUUCGACCAUAAAAGAGCACCUACUUCUAGGAUUGGCCGGCAGCGACAAAGUCAAAGCAUGGAUCAAAGACAUGCAAGAAAAUCAUGGUGCAACCAUAAAAUUUACCAUAACAUUAAGUGAUGAAGAGAUGGUCAAGACCCGAAAAGUUGGAUUUUAUGAAAGAUUUAAACUAAUCUCCAGCAUAAGCUUGGCCAAUAUGGUUGCUUUCGAUCCUCAGGGACGUAUAAAGAAGUACGAGGAUGUCAGGGAUAUGCUAAAUGACUUUUACUACGUCAGGUUAGAGUACUAUCAGAAGCGGAAAGAUUAUAUGUCUGAGAGACUACAAUGGCAAGUCGAAAAGCUUUCUCAACAAGUGAGAUUUUUGAUGCUUAUUGUUGAGAAAAAAUUGACUGUGAGCAACAAAUCGCGUUUAGUCCUCUUUUCAGAACUUGAAGGUCUUGGUUUUCCCAAGAUUAACAAUGAGGGUAGGCCGUUCUAUGGCAAAAUCGAAAGUGAAGAGGAGCAGGAGGUUCUUGAGGCGACUGGUGACGGCGACGAAGAAGAAUCCGAGGGAGCAGAUCACGAAGUAAACGGUCCCCAGGAAAAAUACGGAACUUUUGAUUAUUUACUGGGAAUGAAGAUCUGGUCCUUAACCAAGGAAAAAUACGAAAGGCUAUUACAACAAAAGCAAGAAAGGGAGGUCGAACUAGAGGCACUUUUACGAUUGUCGGCCAAAGAUCUGUGGAACCAAGAUCUUGAUGCCUUCAGUAAAGCAUACGAAGCAUUCAUGGAGCGCGAUGAAGUAGUACGCAGUAGCGUAACCCCAGACGCAUCGGUUAAACAGAAGGGUAAGCGUAAAAGAGGCAAGAAGGACGAUGAUGAUUACGAUCCUAGCAAAAAAAAGAAAUCCAAAACUACAAAGACUUCUUCAGCGGCUAAAGUGAAAGCUGAAGAUCCCGAGUUUGAAGCCGUUUUAAUAGAGCAGAAAGCACUAGAGAAGCCUAAGCGAGCCACGAAGGUAAAAGAUGAGAAACAGCCAACGCUUGAAGGUUUGUUGAGUAAGCCGAAGGGAAAAGACGCUGGACUCAAAUCCGAAGCCAUCUCCAGAUCAGUUUCUGGAUCUGCAACACCACCGGCGAGCACACCUGGAUCUAUCAGAAGUGAGAAUUCCGCAGGGACAAGCGUAUCAGAGAAGCCUAAGGAUGAAGAAAAUGACACUAUGAGUGUUUUUUCAAGCAAGUUUAAGCAAGCCAGUGCGCUUUUUGACAGCCCAGCUCCUUCGGAAGAAAAUGUGAAGCCCAAGAAAGUCGCUAUUCGAAAAGCCACGUCGCCGAAACCAAAGCCAGUUCGCAAGAGUAAGAAAGGUCAGGACGACGUUGAAAUUGACGAUGAAAGUGAUUUCGAAAUUCCAGCGGAUGAAGCAUUGAACGUCCGCAAAGAACCUCGAAGCCGUCGUGCAACUACUAGGAUGAAUCCUACUGCAUAUUAUAAAGAUACCAUCGAGCUAUCAGAUGAAUCUUCUCAGGAGGAGGUGGGUGGUGAUGAGGACACAUUCGAAGUCCCUGGCGGCGAAGAUGAGUCUGACGAGUCCUUUAAUGAGUCCGAGUAG